CUCGCGAGACAAGACGUGUUACCUCCGUGUAUGGAAGACACAACAAAAGUAAAUCCCAGUAUAACCCUCCCCGAGCAGUCAUCAUGGCGGCAGAGCCGCCGCCGCCUCUGCCGCUUCUCGGCCGGGAUAAGGAGGUGACAGCGGCCCAGCUGAAGGGCGAGCUGAGCCGGCGGACGGAGCGGAGCCGGGAGCGGCUGAACGAGCUGCUGGACCGGGUGCUGUGCGCGGAGCGGCCGGCGGGGGAGGCGCUGGACUGGUGCCGGUCACUGCUGGCCGGAGGGGACAAGUUCGAGGACUUCUGCCAGGCGGUGCGGAGCUAUGACAACGCCACCCUGUGCGGCCUGGUGUGGACCGCCAACUUCGUGGCCUAUCGGUGCCGGACGUGCGGCAUCUCCCCGUGCAUGUCCCUGUGCGCAGAGUGCUUCAACCAGGGCGAACACGCCGGCCAUGACUUCAACAUGUUCCGCAGCCAGGCCGGGGGGGCGUGUGACUGCGGGGACGGCAAUGUCAUGCGGGAGAGCGGAUUUUGCAAAAGACACAGGGUGAAGUCGAGCUCAUGUGUCCCCACCGUGCCCCACGACUUGCUGGUGAUGUCAGAGCUGGUUAUCCCUCGCUUUAUCUUCUACCUUAUUCAAUACUUGAGGGAUGGAUACAGCGAGCCAGAUUCUUCAUCUGAAAGAGAUAUCCAGAAAACUCUCCAAGCGUUGGAUCCACAGAUAACGUUCCUGGAGGAUCUAACCAAGAUGGGAGGGGCGAUGCGUACAGUCCUUACCCAGGUUCUCACCAAUCAGCAAUACUACAAAGACCUGAGCUGUGGCUCUGCGGAAAAUACAUGUGUAAAGAGUCAUGAAAAGUACCUUAUUGCCCUGAAGGGGUCUGGCCUGGCGUUUCCUGAAGAGAAGCAAGCAAGUGGGAGCCAAGAACCGACGCUGGGCCCAAGUGCAUUACCAGUGCAAGAAACUGCAGGAGUGAAGGCAGCGUUGGCUCAAUCUGAUUCUUCUGAUGAGGAGGACCAGGAUGACAGAACAACCGUAGGGAAAAGAAAAAGAGUAAAACUCAGCACUAGCGCCAAAGAUCAGUCUGUCAUGGAUGUUUUGAAGCAUAAGUGCUUUUUAGAAGAAUUGCUCUUUUGGACAGUGAAGUAUGAGUUUCCUCAGAAAAUGGUCACAUUCUUACUCAAUAUGUUACCAGACCAAGAGUAUAAGAUUGCAUUUACGAAAACAUUUGUUCAGCAUUAUGCUUUUAUAAUGAAAACCUUGAAGAAAAGCCAUGAGUCUGACACUAUGUCAAACCGAAUUGUUCACAUCAGUGUCCAGCUCUUCAGCAAUGAGGAGUUGGCCCGACAGGUGACUGAAGAGUGUCAGCUUCUAGACAUUAUGGUCACUGUGCUGCUCUACAUGAUGGAAAGUUGCCUUAUCAAAAGUGAAUUACAAGAUGAAGAGAACAGUUUGCACGUUGUUGUAAACUGCGGGGAAGCUUUGCUGAAGAAUAACACAUACUGGCCGCUAGUUAGCGAUUUUAUUAAUAUUCUUUCCCACCAAAGUGUAGCCAAGAAAUUUUUAGAGGAUCAUGGGUUAUUAGUUACGUGGAUGAAUUUUGUAUCGUUCUUUCAAGGUAUGAAUUUGAAUAAGAGGGAACUCAAUGAGCAUGUAGAGUUUGAGUCCCAGACAUAUUAUGCUGCGUUUGCUGCUGAACUUGAAGCCUGUGCCCAGCCAAUGUGGGGUCUCCUGUCACACUGCAAAGUGAGGGAGACUCAGGAAUACACAAGGAAUGUUGUCCGGUAUUGCCUUGAAGCACUUCAAGAUUGGUUUGAUGCCAUAAACUUUGUGGAUGAGCCUGCCCCAAAUCAGGUUACUUUUCAUUUGCCUCUGCAUCGAUACUACGCCAUGUUUUUAAGCAAGGCUGUAAAGUGUCAGGAAAUAGAUUUGGAUUCUAUUUUGCCUGAUCAGGAAAUGCUGAUGAAACUGAUGGUUCACCCUCUUCUAAUCCAGGCAAGUUUGUCUGAAAUUCACAGCAACAUGUGGGUACGGAAUGGUCUCCAGAUUAAAGGACAAGCUAUGACCUACGUACAAUCACAUUUCUGUAAUUCUAUGAUUGACCCGGACAUUUUCCUGUUACAGGUGUGUGCGUCCAAACUAGACCCAGACUACUUUAUUUCAUCAGUUUUUGAAAGGUUUAAGGUUGUAGACCUUCUGACAAUGGCCUCUCAACACCAGAACACAGUUCUCGAUGGUGAUCAUGAAAGGUCGAUGCUUGAAGGAGCCCUGACCUUUCUAGUUAUUCUGUUAAGUCUUCGUUUACAUUUAGGAAUGACGGAUGAUGAGAUCCUUAGAGCGGAGAUGAUAGCUCAGUUAUGUAUGAAUGACCGCACUCACAGCUCACUACUGGACCUUAUCCCAGAAAGCCCUAACCCUAAGAGCGGAAUAAUGCCAGGAAGCUGCAGCUUUGAGUCAGUGUUGUCUGCGGUUGCUGACUUUAAAGCUCCAGUGUUUGAACCUGGAGGCUCCAUGCAACAAGGAAUGUACACACCAAAGGGUGAGGUCUGGGACCAAGAGUUUGACCCUGUGAUGGUUAUCCUCCGUACUGUGUACCGCAGAGACGUGCAGUCUGCCAUGGACCGAUACACUGCAUUUUUAAAGCAGAUUGAUCGAUGUCCUGGAAACCCAUGGCCACCCUACAAGAAGCGAACCCCUCUACAUCCCAGUUAUAAAGGGCUUAUGAGGCUCCUGCACUGUAAAACGUUACACAUCGUGCUCUUCACUCUUCUCUACAAGAUUUUGAUGGAUCAUCAGAAUAUGUCCGAACACGUCCUCUGCAUGGUCCUGUACCUCAUAGAGCUUGGAUUGGAAAAUUAUCCAGAGGACGAGCCUUGUGAUGAGGACACUGCUGGACCUGACCGUUGCCAUGACAGCUGGUUUCCUGGUAGCAGUUUGCUGUGUAAUAUGCGUCAUGUCAUAAACUAUGUGCGCGUACGGGUACCUGACACUGCUCCAGAGGUACGAAGAGAGCCGCCAGCAAGCACCAGCUCCGACAGCCAUUCAUCCACUCAUAACUCUGGUACUGCUCAAGUAUUCAGUUUGGUUGCAGAACGGCGGAAAAAGUUUCAGGAAAUAAUAAACCGGAGCAACAGCGAAGCCAAUCAAGUUGUGCGGCCUAAAACCUCCGCCCUGAAGUGGACAGCACCCGGCUCUACUCCACAGCUGACCACGGUGAUUUUAGAGGUGAAAGAGAGCAUGCUAUCCUUACUGAUCAAACUGCACCAGAAACUGUCUGGGAAGUCGGACUCCUACUGCCCUCCCUGGUUAAGUGAUCCCGAUUGUCUUGCCCAAGGAGAUUUAUCCAAAUACGCUCAUGGGGAUGGAGUGACUGCUGUGGAAAGGAUUUUAUUGAAAGCUGCAAUGAAAAGCUGCUUAAACAAACUUAGCAUUGAUGAAAUUUGUAGGAAAGCUGCUCCACCUGUUCCACCCAAAAAGUCUAGCCCUGCAGAGAAGAAGACACUGGACAAAGAGGAAAGGCGUCAGAAGGCCAGAGAGAGACAGCAGAAGUUACUUGCUGAAUUUGCUUCAAGACAGAAAAGCUUUAUGGAAACUGCAAUGGAUGUUGAAUCGCCAGAAUCAGAUGUCGCAAUGGAGAUAGCCUCGUCAGAACAGCAAGUGUCUGAACUGACAUAUGACUGUGUAAUAUGUGGGCAGAGUGGCCCAUCUACAGAGGACCGACCCAUUGGUCUAGUAGUUUUGUUACAAGCAUCCUCUGUUUUGGGGCACCGCCGUAAAAUUUCUGAGCCGAAGAAGCUUCCUACCAGCGAAGAGGAGCAUAUCUAUCUGGAAGGAACAUGUGCUGCAGUGCAUGAUGUCAGACUUACCAUUUUACAGCGCUAUUUCAAAGAUAGUUCUUGUCUCCAGUCUGUUUCGAUAGGUUGGGAAGGAGGAGUAUAUGUACAAACUUGUGGCCACACACUCCAUAUAGACUGCCAUAAAUCCUACAUGGAGUCCUUGCGGAAUGACCAGGUCCUGCAGGGCUUUUCUGUUGACAAAGGAGAAUUUACAUGUCCUCUCUGCAGGCAGUUUGCAAACAGUGUCCUUCCGUGCUUUCCUGGAAGCAAUACAGAGAGAAGCCCUUGGCAGAGUCACGCUCAUGGAAAUAAGAGCAUGAGGGAGCUGAUCAAAGAGGUGGAGGAGCUUCAAGAGCAGCUGGGAACUUUCCCAGUAAGCAUCAGUUCAGAAACCAAUUUAAGCAAAGAAAUGGAGGCGGUGAUGAAAGACAUCAAAAGCGCUACACAAAAGAAGUAUACAGACUAUAGCAAGACGCUCGGCUCCCCUGACAAUGAUUUUCUUUUCAUGUACUCUGUGGCUCGAACUAAUCUGGAAUUGGAGCUUGUCCACCGUGGAGAUAAUCUGUGCUCAGGAGGAGCAAGUGCUGCUGGCAAAAGAUCCUGCUUAAAUCAGCUCUUCCAUGUAUUAGCCAUGCACAUGAGGCUGUACAGCAUUGACUCUGAGUAUAAUCCAUGGAGGAAGCUAACACAACUGUUGCAGAAGAAAGAUUCAGAGACAAGCGAUGACGAGAGAGCAGAGGUCCCUUUACUCUUCAGAGAUAUAACCUCGAUAUUGCUCAUACAAGUUCUAACAAUGCCCCAGCCAUUACGCAGAGAACACUUCAACUGCAUAGUGAAAGUCCUGUAUUCCUUGCUGUACACUCAAGCCCUCGUCGCAGUCACCUUCAGAUUCAGUGCUGAGGACCGAGAAACUUGGAGAGAGUCUGAAGCCAACAAAAAAAGUUCAUAUUCCUCUGGAAUGUCGUGGGAAGCCUUGCUUGGUUUUGUGAUUACUGAAUUAUCGUCAGGAAAGCUAUACCAAGAAGAAGAAAUGGAGGAGGCCAUAAAGACUGCCCCUGUUGCGUGGACUUCACAGGCCAUUGAACAUCACUUGCAGCAGUUUUGCCUGCCCUUUUUGAGGAUCACGUCCCUUCUCCAGCACCAUCUUUUUGGAACCGAUAUUCCAAGCUGCCAGGAAGAAGAUGAAUUUGUUGUCCUUUGUAGUUGCCUUGGAAUUUUCCCGUCGAUCCCUCAAACACCACGAGAGUUCAGCAGCGCGGCUUGCCUAGACUGGCCGGUCUCUGCCUUUGACCUGAUGUCUCAGUGGUGCUCAGAAAUCAUUCUGUUUACAGAAAAGCAACCUGACCAAGUUAAUGCUCUACUUAUACGGGAGACUAAGUGGGAUUUACCACGGCUUCUUCAGUUGCCAGAAGUCUACAACACCAUUUUCCAGUAUUAUCAUAGGAAAGCCUGCAGUGUGUGCACUAAGGUCCCCAAGGAUCCUGCACUCUGCCUGGUCUGUGGCACAUUUGUUUGCUUGAAGGGUCUGUGUUGCAAGCAGCAGAAUUUCUGUGAAUGUGUUCUGCACUCUCAGAACUGUGGUGCAGGUACAGGGAUAUUCCUGUUGAUCAAUGCCUCAGUGAUCAUCAUAAUUCGGGGGCACCGAUUCUGCCUCUGGGGCUCUGUGUAUCUAGAUGCCCACGGCGAGGAAGACCGAGAACUCAGACGUGGAAAACCUCUAUACAUCUGCAAGGAGCGUUACAAUGUGCUAGAGCAGCAGUGGGUGACGCACACGUUUGAUCACAUCAAUAAGAGAUGGGGCCCGCAUUACAACGGCCUGUGAAGAUCAAUGCAAUCCGAAAUGAAUUUGCUAGCAAGAAGCAAAGGGCUUCCUAUAAGAAAGAGGCAGGUGCGAUCCCUGCCGCCAUAAAGCUUUUUUUUUUUUUUUUUUUUUUUUUUUUUUUUUUUUUUUUUUUU